AUGAGCUUAACCAAAAAAUCCGCUUCGGACCUUGUGGGGGAGGUAAAACUCCAACAACCGGCGACUGAGAGUGAAUUGGACGAGGAGGAGCUACUGCGCUCAGAUGAUGAGGCUCUGGCUCCGUCCAUUUCAGAGGGAAGUGCUAAGACCAGCACACCUCAAGCGAUACAACCAACGACAAGCAAAGCAGCGGCAAGCCAAGCCAAAGCGACGGGCGAACACGGGAAGUCAAAACCGUGGACCAACCAGCAAAGAAAGGCGCAAGCAAGCAAGGCCCAUUUCAUCCUUGCCAAAAUAGCAAGGAAUGAAAAGGAGGGCAAAGCCGAUCCGCGCGACCUAGCAGACAAAACUAGGUACCUCGCAGUGAUCGAGGAGUAUGAGCGAUACGAAAAGGAGCACCCAGAAACGCUUUUGCCUCCCCAAUCCAAGCGCAACCGCUCACAAGAAGUGGGCGAGAGCGCUCCGAAGAGAGUCAAAGACGCGAAGGGCGCCCCGAGACCGACCACCUUUGUCAAGACGGCGAAAAAAUUCAGCGAGGUGGCCCGAGAUAGCCUCGCUAUGGCACUUGUUGAUGAGCUCAACGACGAUGGGCGCCUUCUGAUGGAGAAAUGGGAGGAGGUCGAGACCCAGUUGGCAGAGAUGGUGACCGACAAACUACUGUCCGAGCCAACGGGCCAGUCACCCUCCUUUGACUCCUCGGACAUGGUUGGGGGCACCGGACUAGGCAAGGCAUGGAAGGGGAUUAGCAUUAAGCUGGUCCCCGCCAGGGACAUCCCAAAGAGACCCAGAGCUCGCAUCUGGUUACCCAAGGGGCUGUCUAGCCAUGAAAGGGUGCUCAAGACUCUGCGAGCGAUGAACAAGGGAGUCGAUAUGGAGGACUGGGCCAUUCCCAAAGCUGAAAGAGAAAUGAAGUCCAGCCAGCCAUACCUGUUCUUGAUCAACCAGCGCUGCCUAGAACAGCUGAAGGCAGCAGAAAACAAAUUCCGGUACGGCAUCAGGAAAGCCAAGGUGAAGGUCUUCCUAGACGAACCGGACGAUAUUCUGGAAGACAAAGUCGAGGACGCCAAUAAGCUGCUGGACGAUUUGGCGAUCGACGACAGCACCCCCAACACCACCCCAAUCUAA